CGGAGGCGGCCGAGCGAGCGAGGAUGGCGGACCCGGCGGUGUGCAGCUACCUGACCAAGGUGCUGUGUUCGCGGGGAGGCUGCGUGCGCCUCUCCGAGCUGCCCGACGAGAUGGGGCUGUCCCUGAGCCAGCUGCGGCAGGUCUUGGAGGACGCCGGGCAGGCGCGCUUUCUGUCGGCCCGGAGAGGGAGCGACCUCUGCGUGCUGGCCGUCUCGCCCGUCCGCCUCUGCGUCCGCCAGGUCUGCAUGGGCUGCGAGCGGCUGCACCUCUGCAAGCUGAACCUCCGCGGGAGAUGCCGAGUCAAUUCUUGCAAGUAUUCACAUGAUAUUUUCUCAGAAACAAACAGGAAAAUUUUGAAAAACCAUGAACUCUCUGGCCUUAAUGAAGAGGAAUUGUGCGUUUUACUUUUACAGAACGACCCUUUUCUUUUACCUGAUGUGUGCGGUGCCUAUAACAAAGGGGGAGGGACUUGCACUCUGAAUGAUAGUUGCUCCCGGCUUCACAUUUGCCGCUACUUUCUCAAAGGAGAAUGCCGUUUCCCACGUUGCAAAAGGUCUCACAAUCUUCUGGAUCCCCUUGCUACGAGUCUGCUGAUCUCCGAAGGCCUGGAUCAAGACACCAUUUGGAACAUCCAAGCCAUUUGUGACGCCAGGAUUGCUGCCUUCAUAAGGGACCUUCGAAUCCCAAAUUGUGCAGCUGCAGCAGAGAGAGAAUACCCAAAUGCACGUCCCAAAAAUGAGAGACCUCCGGUAACAUCGAACCCAAAUAACUUGAAAAUAGAUCUGCCUGACCAAGGUGUAAAAAGAGCUCCUAGAUCUCCAAGUGCAGAGAAGGCAAAAAGCGAUAAUAUCUGUCUGCACUAUGUCUGGCAGUUUUGUAAAAAUAAAAAUAAUUGCAGUAUGAUCCACUAUGAUCUUCCUUAUCGGUGGCAGAUUUUCACCAACAACGGCUGGAAGGAUCUUCCCAGAAGAGAGGAAAUUGAAAGGGCUUACUGUGACCCAAAUAUUACCAGUUUUCUAGAGCUAGAUUUCGUGACCAUGACUUCUGUCAUGGUUCCAAUUCGGCGCCUGUCCACUGUGUCAUCCGUCACCAAAGACCCUAAGUUUGUCAUGACAACCAAGUGGCUGUGGUACUGGAAGAAUGACCUGGGCCAAUGGAUCGAAUAUGGGAAACAGGACAAGCAACUCCAGCCUGCCAGUCUAACUUCAGAUGACCUGGAAAAUCUUUUCCUAGCAGAUCCAAAUGGAAAUAUCCAAUUUGAAGCUGGCUCUCAGAAAUAUUUGCUGAGCUUUAAAAAAAUGAUCCAGACAAAUGUGAACUAUCCUACCCAACGAGAGGUCCGGAGACGUCCCAAGUUUGUUUCCCCUGAAGAUGUCAAGACAAAGAAAGGACACACAGCAGCAGCAGCAACAACUCCUACACCCAUAGCAUCUCCCGUAUCAAUUCCAAUUUACCCUCCAAACUGGGAUAAUACAGCUCUACCUGCUAUUGGAUACGCGGCCAUUGAACUCAACAAAGGUUCUCCGGAGUUCUUGAAAAUUGAGAAUCUCUUUCAGCUGACGAUGAAAAACUAUAAAAUUCACAAAAUAGAACGAAUUCAGAACCCAUCUCUUUGGCAAGUCUACCAAUGGCAAAAGGAGCAGAUGAAGAAGAAGAAAGGGGGACAGAAAAUUGACGAAAGGCUCCUCUUCCAUGGCACAAGCUCUUCUAGCUUGAAAGCUAUCUGCACCGACAACUUUGACUGGAGACUCUGUGGCACAAAUGGGACCGUUUAUGGGAAAGGAAGCUACUUUGCCAGAGAUGCCAGUUAUUCAGACAACUACAGUCAGGCGAAGGAGGAUGAGAAGGCGAUGUUUUUAGCUCAAGUUCUAGUGGGAGAAUUUGCGGUGGGGCGUCAGGUCUACACCCGUCCACCUGCAAAAUUGGCCAACGUGCUCAACUCUUACGACAGCUGUGUGGAUAACACAAUAAACCCGUCUAUCUUUGUCAUUUUUGAGAAGCAUCAGGCUUAUCCUGCGUAUCUUAUCUUUUACAGGGAAGAAAAGAAAUGUGUUUUAUCUUAAAAAAAUGCUUUUACAUUACCAUAAUCUUCUUAGUAGUUUAAAUGCCUUAAAGGCCUUUUUUUCAAAUCAAUCCAAUUUUAUGGAAACAAUAGGUACCUUCAGAGGAGUAUGAAAGGCUGAACCGCUAUUGUUGAUGGAAUGGAAACUCGACUCUUAUUUUUAAUUACAAAAGAUGUUUUAAGAAAGAAUACCAGAAAUUUCUACAAAUAAUAAUAAUUAGGGUUUUUAAUCCGUUUUUACUAACUUUGUUUCUUAGUAAACAAAGUUUUUGUCCUCCUUCAGCCUUUAGUUUUUAAUAUAUGACGUUUAUUAUGGAUGGGUGUUUAAUCCAUCAAUAAGGUUGGACAAAUUAUAUUCUUUUGUCGACCUAGACGGAUGCAAAUUGUUAUUAUUAGAGACAUACAGUGAGUGAUUAUCAAAGGAAACUCCUGUUUGCUCUGCGUACAAGUGUAAGUUCGCAUCACCUGUAAGAUCUAACGGUUUGAAAACAUACCUGUGGUUCUGGAUCCAUGAUUAAAGUUCUUCGUUUCCUAUUUCAACUAACACAAUCAUGUUUCUGUGCCUAUCUUCCUCCUCCUCUUGUGGUAUUCUCUUUUAAUGAUUUAAUGUAACACUUUCUGGCAUCCAAUUUCAACAUUCGUAUUUUCAGUUUAACAAGCAUGUGAUCCUCACUUUUUCAUUUUAGACCAGAUUAGUAUUACAUUUCCUUGUUUUGUAUAUUUGCCUGUUGAUUAUACAACAUGAAUAUUGGGGAAAAUGCGAUGCUGAUUUUUGCAGUUUGGCUUGAAAAAUGUCAUUGUGGUAAUAGAAGCGCUAAGAUUGGGGUUGGUGUUAGACCCUAGCUAUCAAGAAACAUCUAGUUGUGCCUUAUAAAGAAAACCUCUGUUAUUUUAUAAAGAUAAUCCUUGACAUAUGACUGUUUCUGUUCAGUGACUGUUCAAACUCAUAAUGGUCCUUGAGACUUAAGAGCCACACCUGAAGUUAACAGCUGUUGCAGUGCCACUCACAUGAUUUGAAUUUGGAGAUUUGGCAGCCCACUCAAAAUUAUGCCUAAAGGGGCAAUUUAAUGCCCCCCCCUGCCUCUUUCCUCCAUUUAUAUGCCCUUCUUUGCACUCCACCACCCUAGCUGAACUCAAUCUUGCACCUACUGCUGAGG